AGGACGAGCUCCGUUUUUCUUCCGGGAGCAACUCAGACGACAGUGUGCCAGAACACCGGAACAAACCGUCUGUGAAUGAAUCAAACUCACCCACGUCUGGAGGGAGUGGAGGAGGAGGAGUCGUGUGAAACUCCUCUUGAGGUCACAGAUGGAUGUUAUAAAAACAGGAAAAGUGUUCAGCUGCCAGGAGAGAGUUCUUCAUAUCUCUGCGACGCAAUGCAAAGCGCACCGAAACCGCAGUUUGCCAGCUGGCUGAUCGAGCAGGUGCAGACGGGCCAGUACUCCGGUCUGCGCUAUGUGGACCAGCACAAGUUCAGAGUCCCCUGGAAGCACAACUCCAGGAAGGACUGCAACGACGAGGACAGUAAAAUAUUCCGGGCCUGGGCAGUGGCAAGUGGAAAAAUCAACGAGUUCCCCAACGACAAGGCCAGGUGGAAAACCAACUUCCGCUGUGCUCUCAACAACCUCACCAUGCGCUUCAAGAUGAUCAAAGAUGAUUCCAAGAAUCCAGACGACCCUCAUAAGAUCUACGAGAUUGUCAACACUGAGUACAAAAUUGAGGGUCUUCCAACACAAGACUCCGGUUGUGAUAUGACUCCAGAGAUUUACAGCCCUUCCACAGAGUUCUUCCUCUCAGGAAACGAGCAUAACCUACAUAACGAUUUAAUGGCUCUGGAUCUUGGUACUCAACCAACAGAUGAGCAGCUGUGGGGGGAGAAUUGUGUCCAGCACGACCCCGCGGUUCUUGGAAACUAUCCUGCUGCAGCAGAGACCCUCCCGCCAUUUUUACCAGACGAUCAGCAGAUCUACAACGACAUAAACCAUGCCCCCGUCCUCGGUUCACCUCAGCAGCCCAGUCUGUAUGACUUUGAGGUAUUCAUCUACUACAGAAAUAAAAAAAUGCUAAAGACGACGGUGCAAACCAACUGUCUUCAGCUCCACUACCACAGCGAAAUGCCGGGCUUGCAUUCCAUCUGCUUUCCGUCUACUGAGGGUCUGCUGGAUCACAAGCAGGUCGAAUACACUAAUCGCAUCCUCAACAGCAUCCAGCGUGGUCUUCUCCUGGAGGUGCAAGAUACUGGUAUCUACGCUUUGCGGCAGGACAAAUGCCACGUCUUCGCCAGCACCAGCGACCCCAGUGUUGCUCAACCUAACCCAUCUAAAUUACCCAAAAACACCAUGGUGGAGCUCCUCAGCUUUAACAAAUUUGUUCAUGAGCUCAAGCAGUUCACGGAAAACAAUGGCGGCUCUCCCGAAUACACCAUAAACAUGUGCUUUGGAGAAAAGUUCCCUGAUGGAAAACCUCUGGAAAAGAAGCUCAUCACCGUGAAAGUGGUGCCUCUGAUCUGUAAACAUCUUCACGACGUCGCCCAGGCGGAGGGGGCUUCUUCUCUUCACAGCACCAACGUCAGCCUGCAGAUUUCCCACAACAGCCUCUUUGAUCUCAUCAGCUCGGUGUUUUCUCCGCCUGCGGCCGAAGAGCCGGCACACCUGACUAGUGCACCCUUCCUUAAUCAGAUGUGAAAUCUGAUUUCUUGUGUUAAAGUAGCUUAAGUGAGAAUCACUUUAUGUCCAUAACAUAAUAGAUAAACUGACUUUUUUAACCACUACAUGAGUAGAAACAAGCUCAUCCAUUAGCAAACUGUUACAAACCCAUUUUUAUAGAAGAAAUUACCGUUUAAAAGUAAUGAUUUGUUGAGCUGGUAUCAUCUGUUUGUUAUAAGAAAGUAAAUCCUGUUUAGGUUUUAUUAAUAUAUUUAUUAUAUGUAAAGAUAGAAAUAUUUGUAUAUUACUCUUCAUGUGUGUUACGUUCUGUUUAAACAUCAGUUAAACCUUUACUGCUGGUUACUUUUCUUGUCGUAACAAAUAGAAUUUGCAUUAUUUAAAUAAGCUUGAAUGUUGUAAUCUUUAUCAUGUAAGGUGAUCUAAUAAAUAUAUUUGUAGCGUA